AUGCAGGAGAUGCAGCAGACGCAGGAGAUGCAGGGACUUGCCGCCUCGCUUGACAGCGGCGUCCCGGAGCCGGCUGACAAGCCCAAUAAGGCCCCAAUCUUCAAAGGUCCGCAGGGCAACGACAUCACGGCCUUGGAACGCCUCGUUGCUGCUGAGGUGGAACGCCUGAGAGCGGACCAAUGUCGUGCCUUCUUCGACUUGACCAACAUCCACGGAAACGCCUGCAGCCAGCCCCUCGGCAUCGCCAGAACCAACGCGCUCCCUCUCGGGUCCAACGCCCGCUCCGGGGGAGAUUGGCGCGAGGCUAUAUGA